UGUUCUCAUUAUCACUGCGUGCCCGAAUUCUGAGGAAAACCAUUCACAGUCACUGUGGUAUCUCCCCACAAACCACGACGCUAUAAACUCCACAGUGAGGAACACGGUCUCAGUCACCCCAGGGUUUCCAGACACCAAGGAUGGGAACCACAGCGCCAUGUCCCAUCCUUCUGCUUCUUUCAGUCUUGGCUCUUAACCAGACCGAGACCCAGGCCAGUGCCGGCUCACACUCGCUGCUCUAUUAUAUUACCACGACAUCUGGUCCCGGAGUCCGGGAGCCCCGAGUCAUCAUCGUCGGCUACGUGGAUGACACGGAGUUCAUGAGCUUCGACAGCAACACGGAGAGUUCGAGGACUGAGCCCCGAGGGUCAUGGGUAAAGCGAAUGGGUCAGAAGUUUUGGGAAGAGGAGAUAAACCUUGCCAAGAAUUUCGUACUGUGGGGCCGAGAAGACCUGCAGUUGGCAAUGAGCAUCUACAACCACAGUGAUGACGGUUCUCAUACCUUCCAGUGUUUUUUUGGCUGCGAAAUUGGGCCAGACGGGCGGCUCCUCCGAGGGUACCAUGAUCACGGUUAUGAUGGCAAAGACUACCUCACCCUGAACGAGGACAUGAGCUCCUGGACUGCGGGCGACACCUCGGCUCAGAUAGCUGCCCUCAAGUGGAAAGCUGAUGGUGUAGCAGAGUUCUUCAGAGCCUUUCUGGAGGGGAGAGGCAUAGAGACCCUCCUCAGACAUCUGGAGAUAGGGAAGGAGACACUGCAGCGAACAGAUCCCCCAAAGGCACAUGUAACCCAUCAUCUAAGACAUGAAGGAGAUGUCACCCUGAGGUGCUGGGCCCUGGGCUUCUAUCCAGCUGAGAUCUCCGUGACCUGGCAACGUGAUGGGGAGGACCAGAUUCAGGACAUGGAGCUAGUGGAGACCAGGCCUGCAGGGGAUGGAACCUUCCAGAAGUGGGCGUCUGUGGUAGUACCUUCUGGAGAGGAGCAGAGACACACAUGCCUUGUGCAUCAUGAGGGGUUGCCAGAGCCCCUGACCCUGAGAUGGGAGCCAUCUCCUCCGCCCAAGAUUGGAAUGAAUAUUGGUGUGGUUCUCCUUGGAGUUGUGGUCACUGGAGCUGUGACUGCCAUUGUGAUCAUGAGGAAAAGUAAGAGUAGGGAAGGGAUUGGUGUCUGA